AUGGCGAUCCUCAACACGCACGCCUUCCCGGUGGUCCGCGCCGGCCCUUCACGCUUCCUGGCCGGCUUCUACGUCGCCAACUUCCUCGUGAUGGCGUCAUACCUGCUGGCGCGACACCACUUCAUCCUGCACGGCGAGCGCAAGUACAGCCGCCUGACCGGGCCCAAGGAGCUCUACGAUUGGGAGAAGCAGGCCUGGGGCCUGUUCGCGGUGGCGAUGGUUGUAAAGUACCCGCGGUCUGCGUCCCUGGACGGCUUCUUUUCCGCCAUGUUCCUCUACGCCAAGGCGGUGAUCGGCCUGAUGACCUGGAUGUUCGACGUGCGCAUGUUUUGGUGCUACAUCAUCCUCUUCGUGACGCUGUUCCUGAUGCUGCCCCAGCCAGUGUACGAGGGCCCGGACAAGAUCGAGUACCUGAUGCCCUACAUGCUGAACGACCUCACCAGCAGCAAGGACAGCGUGACCUGGCUGGUGGAGUUCUUCGCGCACUGGUCGCCCACGUGCGUCCACCUGGAGCCGGUCAUGGCCGACCUGUCGCUCAAGUACGGCACGGAGAAGCUGCGGUUCGCGAAGUUCGACCUGGCACGCUGGCCCGGCCAGGCCAAGCGGUUCAGGAUUAACAUGGCGGGCGCCAGCCCGCAGCUGCCGACGCUGAUCAUGUUCGAGGGGGGGCAGGAAGUGGGCAGGAUACCGCACGUGUACUCGGACGGCUCUGUGGCCAAGGGCCGAUACGGGCGGGGGGACAUCAUAAAGGGCUUCGAGCUGGACAGCAGGUACACCAGGACGAAGGCGGAGGAGGCCAAGAAGCGGGUGAACGGGAAGGAGCAGGGCGACGCGGAGGGCAGCAAGAAGGAGAAGUGA